CCAAAGAUCAGCUGAAUGGACUUCAAAACGGUAAGAGAACCAACCCUCAUCCUCAUCAUGUCGUUCAGGAGUUCCCCCAGGAGUUUUUCCAGCUCCAGUCUGUCUGGAAGCUUGGGUCAAAGAGGAAAUUUUUUGGGGGCUAUUUCUUCUGCAGCUAUAGGUAACUUGGCCAACUCAAUGCGUUCAUACGCGACCAUAAACGACAGCACUGUCGGCCACAUGGAUGAUAAGGAGACUAUGAGGGGUUUGAAUGACCGUCUAGCUGGGUACCUGUCCAAGGUGAGACUCCUGGAGGAGUCCAACAACUCCCUGGAGGAGCAAAUCAAAGAGGCUCUGAUGAGAAGAAGCAAUGAGACAGGGAAGGACUGGAGCGGUUACGAGAAAACCAUUGCUGAUCUGAGAAACCAGAUCCAGGAAAUGACCAUGGACAAUGCCCGACUUAUUCUGCAGAUAGAUAAUGGCCGACUGGCUGCUGAUGAUUUCAAAGUCAAGUUUGAGUCAGAGCAAGCCAUGCGGCAAGGGGUGGAGCAGGAUCUCGCACGUCUGCGCAAGAUGCUGGACGACACUUACAUGAGCCGCAUGCAACUGGAGGGCCAGAUCGAGUCUAUGAGGGAAGAGCUCGCCUUUCUCAAGAAAAGCCAUGAGGAGGAUGUAGCCAACCUGAGAAACCAGAUCGGUGAGUCUCAAGUCAAUGUGCAUAUGGACACUAAAAACAGUCCAGACCUCAAUGACAUCAUCGGCAACAUCCGUACGCAGUACGAGAAAGCUGCGCAGAAGAGCCAGGAGGAAACUGAAGCUUGGUAUCAAAAGAAGUUCGACAACAUUGCAGCUGAAGUGACUCAGAACACAGAGGCGCUGCAGGCGGGACGGACAGAGCUGAAUGAACUGCGCAGACAAAUGCAGUCUUUAGAAAUUGACCUGCAGACUUUGCAUAACAUGAUUCGAUCUCUGGAAGAUACGUUGCGUGAGACAGAAGCACGAUACAAUCAAGAAGUCGGUGGGCACAAUGGUCGAAUUAUGCAGCUGGAGGGAGAACUGGGGCAGGUGCGAGCUCAGGUGGAGCGCCAGACCGCUGACUAUGAGGCCCUGCUAAACAUCAAGAGUAAACUGGAGGCAGAGAUCGACACCUAUCACCACCUCCUGGAAGGUACUGGUGUGGACACAAGAGACGGCAACAGCGUGGAUUUUUCUUUAGAGCAGGCGUUGUAUGCAGCGCCUCCUCCUGAAGUUCUUAAGCAAACUAUCAUCAUCCGCCAAGAGGAGGAUGAAGAGGUGGUCACUCAAAGCGAACACGAGCAAAAUACAUCUCAUCCGAACCAGCAGGACGGUGAUGCGGAGGAAGAGGAGGUAGUGGAGGAAGAUGGGGACGUUCCUGCUGAGCAAAAAGAUGAUGAGGCUCCUUAUGAUGCCGAGUGACCGUCUACAACUACCUGCUAUAUUUCUUGGUUUAGUAACAAAGUGCAAAUUCGCCUACAUCUGUUUCUUGUUUUACUCCCUUAAGAAAAUUAACCAUGGUUGUACUGU